AUGUCGUCGCUUCCGCUCGCCUACCAGCUCUACAAGGCCGAUGAAAAGGCCACUGAGCGCAAACCUCGGCAGUGGAUGAGCAUCGCUCCACGCAUGGCCAGGCUGAUCGACCACGAUAUCUACGCACUCGAUAUGCGCAACCAUGGCCAGAGCCCGCAUAUAUACCCGCAUCGGUACCAGGAAAUGGUCGACGAUAUUGAAGCAUUUGUCAGGGCGUUGGGCGUUGACCGUGUUUCUCUAAUGGGCCACUCGAUGGGCGGCAAAGUGAGCAUGACGACAGCACUGAUGAACCCCGGGCUGGUUGACCGGCUUGUCGUCGAGGACAAUGUGCCCUGCAGGGUCAAGCUGAUGCACGACUAUGGAUAUUAUAUUGAGGGCAUGCGCAAAAUUAGCGACAGGACAUGUCAAUUCGUGGAGGAUGCCGGGAUGCGGCGCUUUGUGUUAUCUAACCUGACCAAGCAGCGCGGGGAUAUGGAGUACAAGUGGGAGAUUUCGCUCGACAACUUGCUCGAAGGAUACCAGUACAUGGGCGGGUGGGAUGUGCCAGCAAACGCCGAUGGGAUCAGUGCGCACCCCGCUAUUGAUCAGCAGUUCCCGGAGAACAAGGUAGUGCUGCUCGAGACUGGUCAUAAUGUCGCUUGGGAGCGGCCGCGCGAGUUCCUUGACGCCGUCCCCUCCCAGCAGCUCCCGCUGUGCCGCCGGGCGUUUUCAGCCAGUACGCAGCCCAGACAAAAGGCCGAGGAGGCCAAGGCGAAAGUGGUGUCGGCGUCAGCACUGGUCAAGGAUCAGGAGCUCCAUGGGUUUCUGAAGCUGAAAGCGAUCCGUCUGCGUCACACGCGCACAGGCGCCGAGUGGCUGCACAUCGACCGUGACGACUCGAACAACGUGUUCAGCAUCGGGUUCAACACAUCGCCCAGCGACAGCACUGGUGUGCCACAUAUCCUGGAGCACACGACGCUGUGUGGGUCGGAGCGGUACCCGGUGCGCGACCCGUUCUUCAAGAUGCUGAACCGGUCGAUGUCGACGUUCAUGAAUGCGUGGACAGCGCACGACUACACGCAGUACCCGUUUUCGACGCAGAACGCAAAGGACUACGAGAACCUGCAGAACGUGUACCUGGACUCGCUGGAUUUCCGGCAGGAGGGGUGGCGGCUCGAGCGCAGCGAUCCGAGCGACUCGACAUCGGCGUACCAGAUGAAGGGCCGCGCCGAGCAGCAGCUGUAUCCUGACACAACAUAUCAGUACGUCAGCGGUGGCGACCCUGCAUAUAUCCCUGACCUGACACACGAGCAGCUGGUGCAUUUCCACCACACGCGCUACCACCCGAGCAACGCCCGCAUCUACUCCUUGUGGCCGCGGCACGAGCGGCUGCAGCCCGGCAGCAAGACCGUGACGGAGUUUGGGCCGAUCGAGAGCGUCGGGUCGCCUGACAAGCAGACCAAGUUUUCGGUAUCGUACCUUACCAACGAUUUGCGGGAUGCGCUGAUUGACUCGCAGAUUGGCUCGGACUACUCGUCCAACACGGGCUAUAGCCCGUUCACGCGCCAGACGUCGCUGUCGGUCGGUCUGCAGGGCCUGGCCGACAAGGACAUCCCGCUGGUCGAGCAGCGCAUUGGCGAGACCUUUGCCAAGCGCGUGGAUGCAGCUCUGGCGGGCAUCGAGCUGGCGUACAAGCACAAGACAGCCAACUUUGGCAUGUCCCUGAUGAAGUCGCUGUCGACUGGCUGGUUCCACGGCGUCGAUCCGGUCGACUACCUGAAGGUCAGCGACAACAUUGCGCGCAUGCGGGCAGACGUCGAGCAGGGCAAGUUCUUUGAGAACAUCGUUGACAAGUACUUUGCCAACAGCAAGCACAAGCUCAAGUACAUCAUGCUGGCUGACGCCAAGUACAACCAGCAGCUGGAAGAGAGCGAGCAGCGCAUGAUCCAGGACAAGCUGGCGAAGCUGACCAACACCGAUCUGCAGGUGAUUGACGAGAAGAACAGGGCGCUGGCCAAGGAGCAGAUGCGCAAGGAGGACCUGAGCUCGCUGCCCACACUCACCAUGGCUGACGUCAACGAGAAGGCCGAGCGGUACGCCCUGGACAUGAGCGCCGCCGGCGGCAGCGCCACCAACGGCAUCAGCUACCUGCGUAUCAUCAACGACGUCCGCGACAAGUACCCAGAGCUGCGGCCGUACCUGCCGCUGUUCUGCGACGCCCUGACAUAUCUCGGUACCAAGUCGCGGUCGAUGUCGGACAUUGAGACCGACAUCCGCCUGCACACCGGCGGCGUGUCGUUCUCGCCGUUCGUCAGCACCGAUCUGGGCAACCUGGGUCACAUCGAGGCUGGCAUCUUCAUUCGGCUCACACUGCCUGGACCAGCACAUCGAGCCCAUACCGACUUUGACAACACCGAACGCCUGCGCACGCUGCUGACAGCCCUGUCAUCCAGCAUGUUCAACGAUGUUGCCAGCUCCGGCCAUGCCUUCGCUCGCCGGCUCGCUGGUUCGACCCUGACGCCUGAGAUGAAUGUCCUUGAGGCAAUCAACGGCAUCUCGCAGGUCAAGUUCCUUAGCGACCUGUCCCGUCUGGCGGAUCUGUCGCCGGUCGUCGAGAAGCUGAAGCAGGUGCAGCAGGUCGUGUUCAACAAGCUGACGAUGCGCGCCGCCAUUACCACGAACAAGGGCAGCGUCGAUGAGAACCAGGCUAUGCUGGACAGGUUCAUUGACACGUACCCGCAGCUCUCCACCGAUGAGGCAUCGCACUCUGUCGGCUUCCAAGCCAUCCGCACCGUGCCCUACAGCCACCCGGACAGCGUCAAGCUGCAGUUGCUGGCCAAGUUCCUGACCCCCAACUACCUGCACCGUGAGAUCCGCGAGCGCAACGGUGCAUACGGUGGCGGCGCCUCGUACUCGGCGCUGCAGGGCAUUUUCGGCUUCUUCUCGUACCGCGACCCGUCGCCGCUGGAGACCGUCGAGACCUUUGCCAACAUCCAGAUCUCGGACCGUGAGAUGUCGGAGGCCAAGCUCUCUGUGUUUGGCGACCUCGACAACCCCAUCUCAGGUGAACGCAGGGACCAGUUCUUUGCCGUCACUGCCAAUGACCUGAAGGACGCCGCGCAGUUCUCGUCGCUGGCUGUCAUUGGCGAGGAGAGCUUGGCUAUUCCGCACGACUGGGAGCAUCUGAAGCUCCAGUAG